UGUAUUGAUAAAGGAGGGGCAGGGGCGGGAUGGUGCAAGGACUGUGUUUUGAAAGGAAGAAAAAACAACAACAAGCGAUCCUAUCCGAAAACAUAUCGUUCUGUAAUCGUCGUUUUUAGCUUAUUUGUCAUUUUCAAAGGCAGAAGCGGCCCAUUCACAAAUAAAUAUGGGAAACUGCCACACCGUGGGACCCAAUGAAGCCCUGGUCGUUUCAGGUGGCUGCGGCGACACCAAGACCUAUGUGGUGGGGGGCUGGUCCUGGGCCUGGUGGCUCAUCUCGGACAUCCAGAGGAUAACCCUUGAGAUUAUGACCCUGCAGCCCAAGUGUGAGGAUGUAGAGACAGCCGAGGGUGUAGCUUUAACAGUCACUGGGGUGGCACAGGUGAAGGUGAUGACCGAUACCGAGCUGCUGGGCUACGCCUGCGAACAGUUCCUGGGGAAGACGGUGGCGGAGAUCAAGAGUGUCAUCCUGCAGACCCUGGAGGGUCACCUGCGCUCCAUCCUCGGUACCCUGACCGUGGAGCAGAUCUACCAGGACCGAGACCGCUUCGCCGCGCUGGUGCGCGAGGUGGCCUCCCCCGACGUGGGCCGCAUGGGCAUCGAGAUCCUCAGCUUCACCAUCAAGGACGUGUACGAUAAGGUGGAGUACCUGAGCUCCCUGGGGAAGACCCAGACGGCGGCGGUGCAGAGGGACGCCGACAUCGGGGUGGCCGAGGCCGAGAGAGACGCUGGCAUCAAGGAAGCAGACUGCAAGAGGGAGAUGAUGGAUAUCAAGUUCCAGGCUGACACAAAGAUGGCUGACUCCAAACGAGAACUGGAAAUGCAGAAGGCUUCUUUUAACCAAGAGGUCAACACAAAGAAAGCAGAGGCCGAGCUGGCCUACGUGCUGCAGGCGGCCAAGGAGCAGCAGAAGAUCCGGCUGGAGGAGAUCGAGAUCGAGGUGGUGCAGAGGAAGAAGCAGAUCACCAUCGAGGAGAAGGAGAUCGUGCGCAUGGACAAGGAGCUCAUCGCCACCGUCAAGAGGCCCGCCGAGGCCGAGGCCUACAAGAUCGAGCAGCUGGCCGAGGGACAGAAGAUGAAGAAGGUGCUGACGUCCCAGGCGGAGGCGGAGAAGAUUCGGCUGAUUGGAGAGGCGGAGGCGGGCUCCAUCGAGGCGGUGGGCAAGGCGGAGGCCGAGAAGAUGAGGCUGAAGGCGGCGGCGUACCUGCAGUACGGCGAGGCGGCCCAGACGGCGCUGGUGCUGGAGGCCCUGCCCAAGAUCGCGGCCAAGGUGGCGGCGCCGCUGGCGAGGACCAACGAGAUCAUCAUCAUGAGCGGAGACAACAGCCGUGUGAACGGCGAGGUGACGAGGCUGCUGGCCGAGCUCCCCGUGGCCGUCAACGCCCUUACCGGGGUGGACAUGAUGAAGAUGCCUUUCCUGCAGCAGCUCACCGGCCAUCAGAGCCAGUCGGCCAUUUGAGGAGCCAGGAUCACUGGAGCCUGUUACAAUACUGUCUGCCUCAUGCAUGGCGAUCCUACACACUACUACUCCUAUGUUACCUCUAUCUCCUGUAUUAUACACUCUCUCUCUCUCUCUUUCUCUCUGUCUCUCUAUGUAUUGACUGCCUUUGACCAUCAACAACACCUAACAAGAAGAUUUUAUAUCUAGAUGUCACAUGUUUGUGUUUUAUUUCGAAACAGGGAAAACAAACCCAUGGUGGCUUCUCUCUAAUGGACUAGAACGCGCUUGUGCUUUUUGCUGGAUUGCUUUGCGUUUUUUAAAAACGAUGAUGAUUUAAACAGCACACACCAAGCCCCGAGGACAUCUGUCACUCUCCCCGGAACGGGCACGGCAUGUGUCUCUCCUACCCCACCAAGGAGCGUCCGUUGGUAGCUGAUCACGGCAACCACGGUACCCAUCCAUCGAUGUGAUCAUGGCUUACAGCGGCCGUAUCGAGUACAACGUAGCCGGGAGUGAGGCGUAAACUCCCCCCUAAAGUCGAGUGUAAUUCCGACGAGGAACCGAUCCCUAGUCUUUGACAAAACGUUGAUGGAUUAAUGCCAAAAGCCCACUUGAGGGCUGAUUAUGGUUCCACGUCGAUGCAACGCAAGGGGGUUUACGGACCCCUUACGUCCUUGCGGACCCUCCUUGCGUCCACCGCAACGGGCCUGACGUGAGCCUCCAAAAAAUGUUUACCUUGCGUCGAGGCGACGCAGCAGCAAGGGCUGUGAUUGGUCCGCUCGCUAAAACCCGACGCAGAACCAAACCGGGUUCACGACUGCGUCGAGGCGUCUGCGUGGCCCUUGCGUUGCGUCGACGUGGAACCAUAGUCGGCCCCUUUAGUGUGGCACUACAUUUCUCGAUGUGACUUGGUGGUGGAAACACUAACCAAGCACUACGUUUAUUGGGCACUGAUACUUAAGAACACAGUGUCAGAUACUCACUUCUGAAGCCAAAACGCACAAAGCAGAACAGUCUCGGCAUCCUCUAUGCUGGAAUCAUCUUAACAUGGGGGGGGGUGGGAACAAUGGGUGUGUGAGCUGUUAGGAUUGUCCCGUCCGAAGUAUAUUGUAGCGUUAGCACGUCCCUAAUCCGAUGUGCUGUCCAAUCACUCAAGUGCCCAGGCCAGAUGGAUUUCCUUCCUCGUCUUCGUUGUGCUUUUGAUGUCUUGCAUCCAAAGUGAAUCUUUGUACUACUUUGUACUAACGUAAGCUCACUGCUAGGCCCCCCUCUAUCCACUCGCUUUGUCCACGCAGAUGGACGCCGGUCCGUGCGCCAUGUUGAAGCCAUACACCGUUACACAAAUUAGCCUUAAUCAGGAAAUCUAGAGCAGACUUUUCAGGUUUCCUCCCACCUCGUGGUAUUACCUCAACUUCUAGAGUACAUAUGCAUACCAAAACGGAGCUUUAAAUUGCCCAAACUAACCAUCACCCCCGUGACCCCCAGUGUUGUUACACUAUUGAGUUCUGUCUUCUUAUGAUUUUCUUUUUGUCGAAUUGCAUUUUAACACCAGCUUGAAUCUCUGACUUUAUUGCAUCUAGUAUAUUUUCCACUGUUCUUGGAGAGCAGAUGGUUGUAUUUUUUUUUAGAAACGUUAUAGAAUUGAUUGUAAAGAAAGUUACAGUUAUUAUUUUAUAAGAUAUAUAUCCUUUCAUAUGUACAGAAGCGUAAUGCAUUAACUCAAGAUUUAAUGAGUUUAUCGUGUCAGAAUUCUGGGAAGGGUUUUCAUGGCAAAAAACAAAUUCUGGUUCAAAUUCAAAGGUCAUUUCGAUA